AUUGACGACCAGAUCAAGUUGUUACUGGCGGGAGUUCUGGUUCGGAGCUCCCGAGAAAAUCUUCAUAAAAACGUAAAAUCACGCGUAAAACCAAGAAAACGUGGAAAAUAUCUACCAAGAUGGUUAUGAACCAUGGUCAUGGAUAUCACCGAUCUGACCAAGAGUCAGUUUCGGAUGGUAAAAUCAACGAAGGAAAUCGUAGAUCCCAACUGCCACCUCUUCAAGAGCCAAGGACAAGCCUGAGGUCCUACCCUACUGCAGAAGCAGGGAGGAGAAUUAUCUUUCCCACCGCACAAGACAACAGGAAGCAGUUCCCUCAUACAGAGGCCAAGAGCUCCACUCAGGGAGCAGGAUUACUGCCAAAAGUACAGGGUACAAACAGAGGCACCAGCAAAUUCAAGGGAUAUGUUCCUGGCCUGACUGUCAGAGAUGCAGAACGUCAGCCAAUCAAGGAAGAGCUCUCCUACCUGGACAAGGCAAUGGGCAAACCCACAAACCUCUUCCCUGAUGUCAAGGAUGGACAUGGAAUUGCUGCUCGUCAUAUGCAGAAGAUCAAAAUGAAGCCAAUGGGAUUGCUUACUUUUGAAGUCCUAGAACAUCAGGCCCAGCAAGAGAACCUCUACAAUGACCUAACCCGUAAACCUAAGCAGUCACCCCGUCUUACCACUCAGCCCAAGGUGUCUCCUCGUUCCCAUGAUAACAAAUUGCACACCCCACCAAAAGGCGAGACCCGAGUAAGCGGGCAGAAGCUUCCUUCCCUUGGAGGAGGACGGCCUGGCACAAGCAAGGGUCGCAGGGGUGUCUCAAAGCAUGGCUACUGAAUCGCAUACCUAUACUGACCACAAA